UGUGUGAGUCAAGAUGGAGGACAUUCUGUUGCCAGCAACAUCUUGCAAAACUGCUCUAGAAUUAAUAGAGGCACAAAAACCCUUACAGCCUGCCAGCUCUUCCUGCCAAACGCUGCUGUUACUGGCUUCACUGUUAUCAGCUACUGCCAUCGGCUCCUGCAGUCCACAAAACUCCCAAGCGUCAAUAGCAGCUCCUGCUUCCCUAAUGUGUCCUGGGCUGCAACGGAUCAGCCUGGCAGCGAGCUCAGCAGCUUCUCUAGUCGGAGCAGAAGCUCCUGGUCUGUUCAGUCUAGUGGCAGAGAAAGUUUUUUAGGGUGCUGGCAGCAGUCCUUCAGCCUGACUUCAUCAGUUGCUUGGAUAACAGCAGACCCCUCGUGUUUGGAAAAAGAAAAGCCCAUGAGUCAGCAGAGUGAACAAGAGGAGAGGCCUCUCUCUGCAGAACCAGGCACUGUAAGUCUCAACAAUCAAACUCUUUUAGAUUCAGAGUUUUGCAGCUCCUCUGUGAGGAAGGGGAGUAAAGAGGAAGAGGAUGAAUUGAGUUCACAGUCUAAUCAGAUGAACAGUGUCUCUGCAUCUGACAAAUUAGAAGGAAUUUCCUCUUCAAAGACAGUGUGUUCAUUUGAUAAUAGUUGUGGGUUUUUGCAAAAUUUCUUGGAAUUUGAGGCAAAAAACACUUACCCAGAGAAUAACAGUGGAAAUGGCUCCUAUCCCAAAAAAUCCCACAAAUCCCUUUCUUACAAGAGCCAAGUUUCACCUUCUAAUCAUGCAAAUGCAGCUGGAGUGACUCCAACAGAUUCCAUGUUUUGGGAUGAGCUGCCCUUUUCGGAAAGUCUAAAUGAAUUUUUGGCCAGAGUGGAAGACAACAGGAGCGUGGCAGCUUCACCCGAUCGUGGCACAGGCAAACGUGCCCGUGUUGAAGGCAGCAAGUUGGAUAUGAAUGUUACCAAAUCAUCUCGUGGGCAGAGCCUGGUCACUGGUGAUGUGCAUGACGUGAGCGCGUUAGGGAAGCUUUUGUCACCAGUGGAAAAGGAGAGCUGGGGGAGCUCCCCCUUUACUUGCUUUCAGCGAAAUCCAGCUUCUGCAAGUGACGAGGUGUCAGCAUGUGAGUCUGUCUGUAGUGUUUUAUCUUUCACUACCAAAGAGCAAAGAGAAGGAUGUGGAACAGCUUUCUUCAUCCCAUCAAGCCCACAUCAGCUGAUUCCAUCACAGUCCACGCCAGUUGCAUCAGAGCCUUCUCCCUCCACCAGUAGGUUUGUACAGUCGAAAGAAGUAAAUAUUGGCAUUUCAAAGUCAGCUUGUUCUUUCGUGAGCCCACAGGCUACUGCAGAACUCAGAAAAACCCUGUGUUUACAGAGGAGCGAAGCAGUUGCCUCUGUACAUUCUGCAUGGGGCAGCUCUUCGUAUCGUUGGGAGAAUAAAGAAAAUUAUUCUUACAUGCCAUGCCAAAAACUAGGUCUUACAUGCUCAGGGGCAUGGGGCUCUGAUCCAGUAACUCCCAGCACCACCAGAAGGACAUAUAAAAGAGGAUUAAAGGCACCUACAGCACUGCAAGAAAGUACCUUUAGAAGUAUAAAUAAGAGAGAGGUGCCGGGAAACAGUGGCUGCCCUGAAGGCAACUACAAUGUUUCUGCUGAUCUCUUUGAUGCAAGUGCAAGAGAGCUCACUAAAACAGGAGAAUUCUUAAGUAAAUCACGGAAAUCUGUGUUACAGGAAGAUGCUUUGACAAAAAAGGGCCCAGCUGAAUUGCUGCCUAAUUCUGUAGAUGUUCCCUGUAACACUUCAAAGUGUAGAUGGUCCCCACUUAGGUCCCCUCCUGCUUUUAGCAAACACAGCACACCGCUAACUUUCUCCUUCUGUGAUUCAGAAUGCAAUUCAGGUACUUCCCAAGGCUUCAUUCCUUAUUCACAGUCAACUCCUGUGGCAAAAACUCUUCAAAGUGGAGAAAGAAGCUCUUUUGUUGCUACAUUCACACCUAAAAACCUCACUAAAAUCCAUUCCAAGCAUUCAAGGCUUUCCUUUCAAAACACUUUGCUGCAGCAACUUACGGGUAGAUCAAUGAAGCGGGAAAGGCCAAGUAAGAGGGAAGACAAAGUGAGUAACAGCUCUGGCUCACAGCAUUCCUGGAGCAGCGAUGGCUUUGAGGAGUGGGUGCCUCCGUCUGCAGCCAAACGCUUGAAACCAGCAGCAUCUUUAAGCUUUAAAGCAG